AUGGAAAGACGCGUACAAAAAUAUCUGUCGUACUUUCUCGACGAAUGUAGUGAAUAUUCUGUAAUUGGAUUUUUUAAACACUAUGAUUUCGCACCUAGUGAAAAAUCGGAUGCUCAUGUUGCACUAAAUAAGUGCUUGGAGUACAUGUGUUCGAGUUCAGAUCCAGAACUAAAGUCGAAAGCUUCCAAAAUAAAGAAAACUCUAAAGGACGAUAAAUAUAAGAAAGAUAUUAACGCCUUCUGGGUAUCUUUGAGCCAGGAGAAAAAGAAACAAACUUUAGAAAACAGAAUAAAAAUUGUUGAGAAGAAGAGCAAGUUGUAUGAUGCUGAACAACACGCGACUAUGAAAAAAUUAGUAUAUGAACAGGAUAACUGUGCUCGCGAAAAUUUCAGGAAUGCAAUGAUUAAACCGCCCCCAACUCCGAGAUCUCGUAAACGGAAGUCAGAAAAUUGGCCUGAACAUGAUAAAAAUUUUAAGAUGCGUCUCUUUGAAAAUCAAUCUGAAAGCGAGUACGAAGUUGAUGGAAGUGAUGAGAGCUCAGAUGAGGAUGAUAUGGUCGAUUUUGACGGAAUUUCCUUUGAUACGUUUACAGAAACGAGCAAAACUGAAGGAGAUAGGUGGACAUUGAAGAGUGGAGAAAAGUUGAGAGAUUUACUUAUCCGCAUGACAUCAAAGAGUAUUGAGCAAGCAAAGGAAAUACAAAUGCAAUCUAAGGGAAUAAAAUUAGACGCGUCUAUUUUAAGUAUUAUCAGGCUCGGGCUGUCUUCAAUUAUCGAUCUUUCUUCGGAAUUUUCUGGUGGCAUGUAUUUAUGGUUUGGUGAGGAGUGGUUGGACCUUAAAGAAAAGGUGCUGGCACUGGUAAACAUUAAACAAAAGAAAUUUGAAGGCGUAGUCAAUGGUGAUAUCGAUAAAUUAGAGAAGCUUUGUAAUGAAUAUAAAUACUGGGAGGCCAGGGAUUUCAUACACGAAAAAUUGAAGGGACGUCCGAAUGGAACUACUUUACAACGACAAAUAAUGAAAAUUUAUUUUUUUAUUAUGGACAUGUUUUUGGAAAACCCUUAUAUUUUUGUUAACAAAGAAGGGAAGAAACAAGAUUUGACAGAAAUUGAGUUCGCACUUAAAGUUUUUGGCCCCAUUUUGGACAUAAUUUUUUCCGAUGUUCAGCAUCUUGUCAAACUCAAAUGGGGAGAAACAGUUUCCAAAGCAACAUCAGCUGGCAGAAAGAUCGAUUUACAGAUUAAAUGCCAAGAAGGAGAUAUGGAACUUAGCCAUUCUGAAUGUGCUCGAUCAACAACACGAGUCAAGCUUAUAAAGGAUCGUAGUAAAUGUUUGCGUACAAAUAAAUGUGUCCUUGAUCAGUUUCUUAAGCAUAAUCUUUCUGAGGAUAUGGUUGAGAAUUCUGCCAUUUUCGGAUUGCAAUUUGCCGAUCUCUAUGGACAGGUUAUUGGAAUUGAUCUAUUGGAUGAAGGCCUGUAUUUUGGGUUUGAAGGACCAUCAUUUAGGUUCCCCACCCAACUCAAUGAUAUUGCGAUUCUUCGGCAAGCUUUGGAAGUUUUAUAUUACUUUAAGGAUAAUAUCGUUCGUAAAGCAGAAGCAUUAUCUCGUCUCAACAUAUCAAAUCCCAUUUAUAAGAACUUUCACACUGAAAUUGUUUCAAGACCACAUCAUCGAAAAUGUAAUUUUAUAAGGCCAACUUACUUCACACCGAAAGGACAACUGAAGAACGAAAUGAGCAUUUGUUCUCGGGAAGAGACUUUUUCACAAUAA